AUGAGCGAAAUCCCAGCAACAAACGCCGAAUGGGCGGACAAGAUAGCCAACAUGAAGAAUCAACUGCCUCGACGCUCCCUGACCCAGCCACCAAUCCCAACACAAAUCCAUCGUACAAUAGACCACACCCUCCUAACGACCCCAGUCGACGCCUCACAGAUAGACACGCUGUGCAAAGAAGCCCUUGAAUACGACUUUGCCGGCGUAUGCGUGCGACUGGAGCACGUCGCCCGGGCCGCAGGCCACCUCAAAGGUAGCAACACAGCGGUAGCAUGCGUGGUCGGGUUCCCGGAAGGCACGCACGAGACAACCGAGAAAGUGCGCGAAGCCAAAGAGGCCGUUCAGCAGGGCGCCACGGAGCUCGACAUGGUGAUCCGGUACACCCUGCUGAAAGAGCGGCGGUACAAGGAGGUGUUCGACGACGUUCUUGCGGUGCGCCACGCCGCGCCGACGCCAAUUGUCCUCAAGGCGAUUCUAGAGGCGUCUGAGCUUGAUGAAAAUCAGCUCAUCGAUGCGACGAUCGUGUCGUGUAUGGCUGGCGCCGACUACAUCAAGACUAGUACGGGCUGGAAUGGCGGUGCCAGUACUGAGCAUCUUAAGCUUAUGAACUUUGCGGCGCAGAUGUGUGGGUGUACUUGCUUGAUCAAGGCUAGUGGUGGUAUUCGCAAUGCGGAGGAGCUGUUGCGUAUGCUUAAGGCUGGAGCCAGUCGCAUUGGAACUAGUUCUGGGGUUAAGAUUAUGAAAGAGAUUGAUGAGGGCGAGGUUCUUGAACAGGGAUGCGGCCAUGCAGUUGCUUGA